CUUUGUUGUUCAGACACCAUUGACUCUGGAGGCAGUGAAGAUGAUUCAAUUUGCUUUUAGUAGUGAGCUUCCCGAAAGUGACAUAUUGGUUAGUGUUGGUGGCGGGGUUCUUUCCUUGUUACGUGAAGAUUUUGUCGAGCUUUUGCCAAGGACCAAAAUUUCAACAAGGAUUAUAGAAAUGACGUGUCUGUGCAAGACACUAGAAGAACGAAGUUGUGGUCGCCGUGGUGGCUUGUCUUGGUUCUUUCCACCUUCAGUUUCGGAUCGUGCGAGUCAUUGCAACGAGGAGCAAUUUAUGGCUAAGAUGCGUUCAUAUAAGAUACAUGAGCGAUACUGUAUUGGU